AUGACCACCACCACGACAGGUCGCAAAACAUCCGGACAGCCGCAGCCUCUUUCAAAAUUGUCCUACGCCAAUGCAAGCUUACCACAGGACCAUAGCCGUUUACCAAGCAUUUCAGAGAGAGAAAGUUGCGGUCUGCCUACCCAGGACGUGCCCGAGGAUCCAAAGGCAGAGCCAAAUGUAGAUAGAAGCUCCGGACAACGCCAACAGGCCCAGCCACGGCUGACUAUCCGCGAACUUCGCGAACAGGCCCAGAAUAAAAUUCUGGAGCAACAUGCGAAGCAAGUACAGCAGGAGAAAGAUGGCCAACCUUCAGGCUUAGCUCAGCCAGUGCAUCACCAACAGCACAAGAAAAAGCCUUCGGUUUUUGGUGGGCUCUUUCAGAAGGAACCGUCACAGGUAGCACUGGAUCAAGUCAAGGCACAACUGAAGGCGCAGCAUGGGUCGACAAGCGCCACAAAAGUCCCCAAUGUGAGGCUUGAGCAGAUGCCCAAGCAUGUACCCAAGGUCAACUCGCGAUGGGAUGGAAUACCCGAAGGGGUCAAGAAAAGGGAGAAGGAAAGAAAGGCGAGGGAGAAGGAUCAAACCAAAUCCCCUGUCUCCGACUCGUUUUCGUUCCCUGAUUCUGGCUAUUACAGCAGAGAAGGUAAAGACAGAGAUCGAAGGCGGCGUGACAGUCGAAACUCCAGCUCCACUACAAGUUCAUUUGGCCGUGGAUCAGGCAGUUCCCAUACCAACUCAAUACGAGCUCGCUACUACGCACCAUCUGUCAAUUCGUCUGGUGAUCUGGCGCCCCAACAACGAUCUGAAUCUUCUCAUCGUCCUACAACUUUGCCUUUCGAGUCGAGUUCGGCGAGCGUGCGUUCUGAAGAUGGUGGCCCGCAUUCGCUGUCCCAAGUUGUUCCUCCACAUGCCUCCUCGACCGCGCCUCUUUCAUUGCACCAGAUGCUCCAGUCGUACCCGGAGGAUGACUGCGACGAUCCAGGCGAAGUGCAACUACCAUCCUCUGGGCCUGGAGCUCUAUGCCCACCUGCUUCUUCAAACAGUAACCGCAACUCUGUUGGUCCAGGCUUCCUAGCCGGCGAAGCACAAGAGUUCGUUUUACCAAUCAAGACGGACGACGACCUGCAACCAUUGACAAGCGAGCCAUCUCUCAAGAAUGGGAAAGCCAGCAAUAGAGCUGCACCGAAGCCGUCGUCUUCGAGCUCGCAACCUCUCCAGUCACACUCACAAGACAAAGGAAAACUGCCCAUCCGAAGCUCUAGGCAUGCCUCUGAGGAUACUUCCCAUGGCACAUCAAGUUCACGGACCAAACUGUCCAGUUCCUUCGGCCUCUUCAGCAAAGAAAAAGAACGACGCACAAAAUAG